AUGAAAUUGGACCAAAAGGGCAAGGUUCUGGCCGAGUACAUCUGGAUUGAUGGCACCAACUCUCUGCGCAACAAGACCAAGACCCUGGACAAGGCUCCCAAGAGCGUCGAUGACCUUCCCGAAUGGAACUUUGACGGUUCAUCCACGGCCCAAGCGCCGGGCAACAAUUCCGAUGUCUACAUCCGACCGGUGGCAAUGUUCCCCGACCCCAUUCGGCUGGGCGACAACGUUCUCGUCAUGUGCGAGACCUGGGAUCCCGAUGGCACCCCGAACAAGUUCAACUACCGACAUGAAGCUGCCAGAUUGAUGGAAGCCAAUGCAAGCCAUGAAAUCUGGUUCGGACUAGAACAGGAGUACACGCUUUUGGGGCCGGAUGGCUGGCCGUAUGGUUGGCCAAAGGGUGGUUAUCCUGGCCCACAAGGACCUUAUUACUGCGGUGUCGGUACCAACCGUGUCUUCUGCCGUGACAUUGUUGAGGCCCACCACAAGGCUUGCAUGUACGCUGGUAUUGACAUUUCCGGCACCAACGCCGAGGUCAUGCCUGCUCAGUGGGAAUAUCAAGUUGGCCCUGUUGAGGGCAUCGCAUUGGGCGAUCAACUCUGGGUGUCCAGAUGGCUCCUGCACCGUGUCGCCGAAGAAUUCGGCGCUGUCGUCACCUUCAACCCCAAACCGAUCCCGGGUGACUGGAACGGCGCCGGCCUCCACACCAAUGUGUCAUCCAAGGAGAUGCGCGAGGAGGGCGGCAUCAAGCAUAUCGAGGCGGCAAUGAAGAAGCUGGAGAAGCGUCACAUCGAACAUAUCAAGGUAUACGGUGAAGGCAACGAGCUCCGCAUGACUGGUGCGCACGAAACUUCAAGCAUUGAUAAGUUCACCUGGGGUGUUGCCAACCGUGGCUCAUCUGUGCGAAUUCCCCGAGCCUGCGCAAGAGAAGGAAAGGGCUAUUUCGAGGACCGCCGACCUGCUUCCAACGCCGACCCAUACCAAAUCACUGGCAUCAUUGUCGAGACGAUGUACGGAUCGUUGCCCGAGGAAAAGUAG